AGUACUUCGCAUGGAAUGGUCGACAACUGCUUGUCUCGAAUGAUUUCUCCUUCCAAUGAAUGAAAUCCUUACUAGUUCACCUGUGUUCAGAUUGACUACUUUUAAAACUCAUCAAUAAAAGUGUGAAACAGUGUAAAGUUGGCUCUUUCGGUCUCCGGUGACAGUGUUUUAACAGUUCUCCUGUUAGUGCCACAGUGUUUACGUGCUGAAAGCGGUACCCAUUGUGUGAAAUUGUUCUUGGGCCUAUUCCUUCCCAUUUAAUGGGAUCUUGCUGAUUAACAGGUGUUGAAGGACGAGCGGCGAGAUGCCGGAGGGCGUCGCCAAAGAUGGCAAGGAGGAUGCGAAGGCCAAGGCGAAGAAGGAGGCCUCGCCGCGGCGCCGCCCCUCCGGGAACAUAACCCGGAUCAAGGUUGAGCUGCUGGACGGCUCCACCAUGGAGCUGGAAGCUGACAGAAAGAUUCGUGGCCACGAACUCUUAUCAAAAGUUUGCGAUAGUUUAAACUUGGUGGAGAAAGAUUAUUUCGGUCUACUGUACGAAGAUCGUGGCGAUCGGCGAGUCUGGAUCGACUUGGAGAAAAGGGUGUCUAAACUACUAAAACACGAGCCGUGGGAGUUGCGGUUUGCAGUAAAAUUCUACCCACCAGAACCGGCGCAACUGCAGGAAGAGCUCACACGGUACCAGCUUGUGCUCGCCGUGCGAAAGGAUCUUUUGGAAGGUCGCUUACCAUGUUCAACCGUGACACACGCGCUGCUAGCCAGCUACUUGCUGCAGUCUGAAUUAGGUGAUUAUGAAGACACAGAAGUCGGCGCCGGUCUCUGCAAACAACUUAAAUUGGUGCCACCAUCCGCGUGCACCCCGGAGCUUGAGGAGAAAGUUGUGGAACUGCACAAGACUCAUAGAGGCCAAACCCCAGCGGAGGCGGAAUUGAAUUACCUAGAAAACGCUAAGAAGCUAGCGAUGUAUGGUGUAGACCUCCAUCCAGCCAAGGACUCCGAGAACGUCGACAUUACGCUGGGUGUCUGCUCGUCUGGUUUACUAGUGCACAGGGAAAAACUUCGUAUAAAUCGUUUUGCGUGGCCAAAGAUCCUGAAGAUCAGCUACAAGCGACACAACUUCUAUGUGAAACUACGACCCGGUGAGUUCGAGCAGUUCGAGUCCACCGUUGGCUUCAAACUCGCCAAUCAUAGGGCAGCUAAGAAGCUAUGGAAGACUUGCGUGGAACACCAUACAUUCUUCAGGUUGAUGAGUCCGGAGCCGGCCACGAAGAGCACUCUGUUCCCGCGGCUCGGGUCCCGCUUCAGGUACAGUGGCCGCACGCACUACGAGUCCCGCGCCGCCCCACCACAGCGCCCUCCACCACACUUCAGCCGCACGCUCUCACACCGCCAGCUCUCCUCCCGCAGCAUGGACGCCCUAGCAGCAGCUGAGAAAGAGGAGGCGAUGCCCCCGGAUGCAGCCAAACGUCACACGAUGCCACCACAGCCGGCGCCAAGACCAACAAUCAAAGACAAGAAACCGCCGCCAGGUGCUGUGAAGGUGAUGCCCACUGCGCCUCCAGACAAGGAACAAAAACUAGAAGAACAACGGAGGCCUGCAGAGAACGGCACCGACACAUCGAGCGAUCCCGGAAUCACAAACAACGUGGAGACAACGCCGAAGAAAGCAAAGGGAGGAUUCGGAUUGUUUAGUGGCAAAAAGGAUAAAUCGCCGAAAGAAGAGAAAUCGCCUAAAGAGAAAUCACCCAAGUCUAAAGACAAGUCACCCAGAGACAAAUCGCCCAAAGACAAAGACAAAAAACUCAAAGAACCUAAAGUCAAAGUGGCCGUCCUCGAUACAUCAAACGAGAGCUCUAAUCUCGACUCGUCACAGGAGAAGAGUCCGUCCAAACGAGAAGACAAGCCCGGCUUCACGAAACCUUACGAAUACACGGACACGGAAAAGAGUCCGACGCGAACUAAACCUUUCAUACAGGGCGCGUUCAGUUACGAGAAAGAACCUAUAUCCGAAGAAAAACAGAGAGCACUGGACGAGAGUCAAAGUCCGACUACGAGAAAAGCCGGUCUCGCUUUCAACUACGCCCCAGGAGAAGAUAAGAGAGUGGCUGAGAGCGCUGAGAAACGUAAAACACCUGAGGACCCGAGCAAGUUGAAAACGCCUGGCAUUGAUUAUGUUCAGUCCGCCGCUCUCAAGGAACAAGCCAAAGCGCCUAAACAUCUCAUAGACCCCACUCUAGCGCUUUUGGAUUCCGAACGAGCGCACCACGAAGCUCCUUCAGCAGCUGUCAUAGCUGUACCUGCAGCAGCCAAACCCGAUAAUGAAAUACAAGUCGUCAUCAUCACUGGCAGAUAUAAUCCUAAGUCAAAGAAACUUGACGAUGCCAAUGGAACAAUUUUAGUCACCAGAGGAAUACUUAAUAAAGCUAAUGGAAAGAUUCAAACUGAAAAAGAACUUAUCAACACGAAAUCUGGCCAAGUAAGUUACACAGAUCCCGCGACGAAUAAACAAGAAAUCAAAAACGGUCACGUCGAUUCAAAGUCUGGUCAUAUAUUAUUUACAAGCGGUGUUAUUGAUCCUAAAACUGGAAAGCUAGACCCUACGCUCGCCCAACAGUACUGCUUUGUUGAAAAAGCUCAAGACAAAGUUGGCGCCAAGCCUGGGAGGGAGGUCGAUUUAGUUGUAAUAACGGGUAAAUAUGACGGAAAACAUAAGAAAUUAGACGCCUCCCAUGGUCAUGUGAAUGUUUCUAGAGCUGUUAUUUCACCGGAAGGUACAGUGGCUUCCAAUUUUGGCGUAAUAGACCCGAGAACAGGAAAGAUAGAUUAUGUCGAUCCGAAAACGGGCAAACAAGACCCGAAACAAGCGUACGUUGACCAGAAAACUGGAAACUUACUCGUCACGACUGCGGUUGUGGACCCCAAGUCAGGAAAGGUAGAUUCAUCAUUGGGUCAGCAGUUUAGCAUUGUUGAAAAAGACGCAACAAAAGCCAAUAGAGAAAUUCGUCUUGUCGUUAUUACUAGCAAAUAUGAUUUGAAGAGCAAGAAAUUGGAACCUAACUUUGCUCAUGUAGACGCGGUCAAAGGAGUCUUAAGUGGAUCUGAUGGUAAAAUUUACACAGAAUAUGGUGUCAUCGAUCCGAGAUCCGGAGAAAUACAGGUCACUGAUCCCAAGACUGGCCAGCAAGAAGUUAAACGGGCACAAGUAGAUCUCAAAACUGGCAAUAUAUUACUGUUAUCUGGCGUCAUAGAUCCUCGAACAGGACAGCUGGAUACCACACUUGGGCAACAAUAUAGUAUCGUUGAUAAACCUGUUGACACCUUCGCUGUGACACCCGGAAAAGAAGUCCAGUUAGUAGCUAUUACCGGAAAAUACGAUUCUAAAAAUAAAAGAUUGGAUAAUCCUAACGGAUUUAUUGAAACUUCUCACGCUAUCAUUAGUGAUAAAGACGGUAAGGUGCACACCAAUUUCGGAGUUCUAGAACCUAAUACAGGAAAGAUAUAUUACACUGACCCAAAAACUGGAAAGCGUGAUUCCAAACAAGCCAUCAUUGAUGGUAAAACGGGUAGCUUUAUUCUUACUUCUGGUGUCAUUGACCCUAAGACUGGUAAAUCAGAUUCGUCCCUUGCUCAGCAACUAACAGUGGUUGAUAAAGAUGCGCCAAGAGGCAUUCCUGAAAGAUAUGUCAAUGUAGUUAUCGUCACAUCCAAAUAUGAUCCCAAAAAUAAAAAAUUGGAACUUACUAAUGCUCACGUUGAUUCAUUUUCGGGCAAAAUCGAUACCGAUGGCAAGGUUCAUACAGACUAUGGCAUCGUUGAUCCCAGUACAGGAGAAAUCAUUGUAACAGAUCCUAUUACUGGAAAGCAAGAGGUUAAGAAAGCCUUAGUAGAUUCCAAGACAGGAAACCUUCUACUUACAUCAGGAGUAGUUGAUCCUCAAACUGGAAAUGUAGAUUCUAGCUUGGGUCAACAAAUCAGCGUUGUAGACAAAACAAAAGAUAAAUUUACCUCUAUUCCUGGAAAGGAAGUGCAACUAGUUGUAAUUACAAGUAAAUAUGACCCUAAAUAUAAGCGGUUAGAUAAUCCUAAUGGUCAUGUAGAAACAUCAAGAGGUGUGGUAGCUGCUGAUGGCAAAAUUCACAGUAACUUUGGUAUCAUCGAUCCUAAAACCGGCAAAAUUGAACAUGUGGAUCCAAAGACUGGCAAACAAGAUAUCAAACAAGCUGUUGCUGAUCCCAAAACGGGACAUUUAAUACUUUCAGCUGGGGUAGUUGAUCCGAAGACAGGAAAAGUAGACUCCUCGUUGGCUCAACAGAUAGCCAUUAUAGACAGAGAUUCUCGAAAGGGUGUUCCAGAAAGAUACGUCAAUUUAGUGAUUGUGACAUCUAAAUAUGACCCGAAAAAUAAAAAAUUGGAUUUAACCGAUGCACAUAUAGAUACUAUUCCUGGAAAAUUAGAAGCAGAUAAUAAAGUUCGCACUGAAUUUGGAAUAGUAGAUCCUAGCACUGGUGAUAUCACAAUAACCGAUCCUGUAACUGGAAGAAAGGAAGUGAAGAAAACUGUCGUUGAUCCAAAGACUGGUAAUUUACUUCUUACAUCAGGUGUUCUUGAUCCACGAACAAGACAAAUCGAUCCCACAUUAGGUCAGCAAAUAAGUGUUGUUGAUGUACCGAAAGACAGAUUCACUUCAGUAGUACCUGGAAAGGAAGUAGAACUGGUUAUUAUUACUAGUAAAUACGACACUAAAACUAAGAAGUUAGACAGCCCUAAUGGUCAUGUAGAAACUUUGCCAGGCGUCCUUGCAACAGAUGGCAAAGUCUACACUAAUUUCGGUAUUAUUGACCCGAAAACCGGUAAAAUAGAAGCUGUAGAUCCUAAAACAGGCAAAACCGAAAUCAAGCAAGCCGUUACGGACCCUAAAACAGGUCACUUGAUACUUACUGCGGGAGUUGUUGAUCCAAAAACGGGAAAAGUUGAUUCUUCAUUAGCUCAACAAUUAGCAGUUGUUGAUAAAGAUAAAGUUCCGGAUAAAUAUGUCAAUCUAGUUAUAGUAACGGCUAAAUACGAUCCUAAGAACAAGAAAUUAGAUUUGAGCAAUGCUCAUGUUGAUACAAUACCAGGCACACUCAGAAGUGAUAACAAAGUUCAUACAGAAUUUGGUGGAGUGGACCCUAACACCGGCGAUAUUCUUUAUUCCGAUCCUGUUACUGGUAAGCAAGAGCUUAAAAAAGCAGUUGUUGAUCCUAAAACUGGUAAUAUGGUUCUUACAUCUGGAGUUGUUGAUCCUCUUACUGGACAGGUCGACCCAUCCCUAGCCCAACAAAUAACUGUCGUUGAUCAACCAAAAGAGAAAUUUACACCUGUGCCAGGUAAAGAAGCACAACUGGUCGUAAUAACAAGUAAAUAUGAUCCUAAAAACAAGCGAUUAGAAAGUCCAAAUGGCUUUGUGGAAACAUCUCGUGGCAUUAUCGCUUCUGACGGAAGAGUUCACUCAAACUUUGGUAUCGUCGAUCUUAAAACUGGAAGAAUCGAACACGUUGACCCGGAUACUGGUAAAACUGAGAUUAAACAAGCGGUUGUUGAGCCGAAAUCAGGAACUCUGUUAUUGACAUCUGGCGUUAUAGAUCCUAAAACAGGAAAAUCUGAUCCUACACUAGCACAACAGUUGAAUGUUGUCGAGAAAGCGAAGCCAGCGGAAAGAGAAAUUCAUUUAGUAAUCAUAACUACCAAAUAUGAUCCUCGUACUAGGAAGAUUGAUCCAAGUCAAGGUCAUAUAGAUACUAUUACUGGAACAUUAGGUUCAGAUGGGAAGAUACGUACGGCUGUUGGUACUGUCGAUCCAAGAACGGGAGAAAUUACAAUCACUGAUCCGAAGACUGGUAAGCAGGAAACUAAACAAGCAACACUCGACCCUGCUACUGGACACAUGCUUAUUACAAGUCAAGUUGUCGAUCCGAAAACUGGCAAAGUUGAUCCAACAUUAGCCCAACAGUUCAGUGUUGUUAAUAAAAUGGUGGUUCCAGUGGCAAAACCGCCAACCAAAGGACAAAUUCGCCUCGUUAUCAUUACUAAUAGAUAUGAUCCUUACACAAAAUCAGUUGAUGCUGGAACAGGCACAAUCGACACUUCUAAGGGUUAUGUGAGCGCUGAAGAUGGUAAAAUACACACUGACUUUGGCAUUCUUGAUCCACGAUCAGGGCAAAUUCUAUACAAGGAUCCUGUAACUGGGAAACAAGAAUUAAAACAAGCUGAGAUUGAUCCGAAGACAGGCAAUUUCUUAGUAACCACUGCUGUAGUUGACCCAAGAACAGGCAAAGUAGAUCCUACUUAUGCUCAACAAUUCGCUAUUGUUGACAAGCAGAAUGUGUUAUCUAAAUUAGCGCCUAUAAGAGCUAGUGUGUCCCCGCCGAGGCAAAUCCCAUCGCCAGUAAAAACACCCCCGCCUACACCGACACAGCCGUCUGUCCAAUCGUCUAUACGGACUUCUUCACCGAUUACUAGUUACGCUCAAAAACCUUCACCGAUUACAUCUGUUAUCCAAAAAUCAGCUCCAGUCAAGCCCUCGACAGCGCCCCCCGAACCGCCGAAGCGGAAAAUUGUUAAAAUUAUGGUAAUAUUUACAAAACUGGAUCCCAAGACAAAGAAGCCUGAUCUACACACUGCAGAGGUGGAACACUUGACUGGUAUUCUCGAUCCUAAUGGUUUAAUUGAAACAAAAUAUGGCGUCAUCGAUUCCAAUAAAGGGACUAUUAUUGUCACAGAUUCUACGGGUCAAAAACAAACAAGAGAUGGUACUAUUAUGCCUGAAACUGGACAGAUCUUUAUCAAUUCCGGUGCUAUAGAUCCUAAAACAGGAAAAGUUGACCCUAACCUCGGUAUGAUUAUGAGUGUCGCUAAACAAGACGAUCCUAUCGUUGAUAUCACGGCUAUUACUGGUCCUAUUGAUCCUAAAACAGGAAGAGUCAACAUAGAUGACGGUACAGUAGAACUUACAAAAGGUAAAGUUGACGCUGAAACGGGUCACAUUUCUACAAAAUACGGUGUCAUCGACCCAUCAAAUGGAGUCAUAUUUGUUACAAACACAUCAGGAUCUCAAGACACCAAACCGGUAUCAAUAGAUGAGAACAAUGGACAAAUAACAAUCACUGGUGCCGUAGAUCCGAAGACAGGGAAAAUAGAUUCUAAACUUGGCCAAGUUAUAAUCGUCGGCACACAUAUCGAUCCUGUAGUAGAAGUCACAACAUACGUUGGUAAAGUAGACACAAAGAAAGGAGUUAUCGAGCCUAAACACUCUGUCAUCGAAAGCACCACUGGUCAAUUCAAUCCUGAAAAUAACACCAUCGAUACUAAAUAUGGAACCAUAGAUUUAGUUAAAGGCACCGUCACAUACAAUGAUCCUAAAACGGGUAAAUUCGAAAGCAAAGAGCUGAAAGUCGAUCCAGUCACUGGGCAAUUCUUACUUAGGAGUGGUCAAGUUAACCCUAAAUCUGGUAAACCUGAUAAGGAUAUCGGCAGACUUAUAUGCUUAAGAAUUAUCCGUAACAAGGUCGAUCCCGUUUCUGGUAAACAGAUAGUAUCUAACGAUCCCAGAAACGUAAAGGUGGACCCGAAAACCAACCAGAUUUGGAUCGCUGGCCCAAAAGAUCCUCAAACGGGUGAAGUGUUAUACACAGCGGGGCAAGUCGACCCUGUCACCGGCUACAUCAUCACUAUCUAUGGUCGUUUAGACCCAAAGAGUGGAUGCAUCGUUAGAGCUGCAGAUGUUGACAAAUCCCUCAUCAAAGUCGAUCCAGUGAACGGACAGAUCUACACUGCGACCGGUGAAGUUGACGAGAACAACCAACCGCUAUACUCCGCAUCGCAAGUUGAUCCAGGUUCAGGAGAGAUUUACACGAAACUGGGCAGAAUUGAUCCCAUUUCAGGCAGACUGGUGAUAGUCAGAAUAUAUAUUAUGACGCAGAAAGACGACAAAGGACGAGUAAAGGAGAUAGAUCCCAAGGAGUGCACUAUUGACGAAACGACGGGCAGAAUCAUCACGACGAAAACCGUGUAUCUGUACCAGAUUGUCGACCCGAUCACUGGUGAAACAAUCGACGUUGAUCCGGACGAUCCCAGGUUGAAAGGUGCCAGGACGACUGUCACGCAAACAAUGACGCUCUCCGGCAAGAUCGAUCCCGUCACUGGCCGGAUAAAGACCGAGUACGGCGACAUAGACCCCGACACGGGAGACAUCGACCCAAGCACGGCUGUCAGAGACCCGGUCACCGGUCAGCUGAUCCUCCACUACUCGCAGAUCGAUCCAUCCCACUUCGAAGAUAAGAGCGGGAACUACACGAUUGAGAAGGAGACUCAAGAUUUGCCGGCAAACAUAGACAUUCAAACUGUGAACACGCACAAAUUCUCGACUUUCGGCAAAGACGAGAGCCCGGCGCGCGGCGACGAACCCAAAACCUUCACCGAGUACACGACCAGUGAGCACAUCCGACACCAGGGUUACGCGUCCAGCACCCCUCUGUCCUCCAAGAUCCCGGUUUCACAGCGGAGCAAGAAGACGCCCACGCCGCCCGUCGUCGUCAAAACCACCACCAAGCAGCUGCUCACCAGAAACGACGACGGCCUCACGCACAACGUUGAGCAGGAGGUCGAGAACCUCGGUACCGGCGAAGUCACCUUCUCCACGCACACUAACAAGGCGGAAAGCUUAGAGGCGGCGGAGAAGAGCCCGUACGUGCGAGCCAGGGCGGUCACCACCCGGACCGCGACCACGCACCAUGACCUGGACACACAGGAGCGCACGCAACAGAUGGAGGAGAAGACCGUCGCCCACACGCUUACCUCCUCCGCUACCCGUCACGAGCAGAGGAUGCUCACGCAGCAGGUCAAGACCAUGGUCACCACAGGCGAUAAGGAGCCUGGUUCAUACCGCACGACUACAACGAGCACAGUGAUGGGUGACGCGCCGUUUGGCACCAUGAUACACGGAACCACUCCCAGGACGAGUACCGGCGUGAGCGGCGCGGAGGAACCGGCGGAGGGUGAAGUGGUGUCCUCGCAGACCAUCAGCUCCAAGACCCGCACCGUUGAAACCAUUACAUAUAAGACGGAACGUAACGGUGUGGUGGAGACGAGGGUGGAACAGAAGAUCACGAUACAGUCAGAUGGCGAUCCCAUCGACCACGACCGAGCGCUCGCCGAGGCCAUACAGGAAGCGACAGCUAUGAACCCGGACAUGACGGUGGAGAAGAUCGAGAUCCAACAGCAGAGCACGCAACCGUAACGGAAACGAACGCACGGAGCGGCGGCCAUCUUGAAAUCUAACUACUCAAAACCAUAAGGUCAGACUAAAAGCCGUCGUUAACAUUAAGCUAUAUAAAUCAACCAGGAGAACAGAAAAACAAUGUUGCUUAAUUGACAUUACAAAUGUUUCCAAUUAUUAACAAAUAUGGCCGCCAGAGUCAUGUAAAAACUUGUAUGUAUAUCGUGGUACAUACAUAACUAGUUUUAAGCGACAUCACUGCGAAUACUAAUGUAUAAGUUUAUUUAUAAAUCAUUUUAUAUUAAUUGAUUAAUCGGAGUUAAUUGAUUAUUAUAUUUGAUGUUGUGACGUCGAAACGCACCUUUACGAUUUUUUUACAUUAAUGUUAAGAAUGCAAUUUUUAUUGUAUGUAAAAUACGUUAGAUAUUAUUAUUGUGAGCAUUAUAUAAGGUUAGGUCCUAAGGCGAUAUAAUACCAUCAGUUACACAAUUAUUCGGCUUCGUAGCAUGCAUUGUAAGUGUUGCCAUAGUUAAAAAAGAAGUGUUCGUGUAUAUUUUUAUUUUCUUUUUUUUUCAAAUACGGACUAGCUUUAAAAUACGUCACACGAGAUAGACCACCGUUGUAGAUUAAAAAAAAAAAAAUCUCUCUCUAAUAAAAAAAAAUAAAGUGUGUUGUACGGGACUAAAUUAUUAUAUCGAUUGAUAUAGUUUAUCGAUUGUUUCAUAAUAAGUCAUUCUCGCUAAAAAGAAAUGCUUAUAUAUGUGAAUUUCCAAGAGGAAUCACUGUUAC